ACCGGCGCUGCCAGUGACUCGAGGCUGGCAAUCAAAGUCGUGGCGAGCAAGGACGCGAUAAGGACUCGCAUUAUGAUUAACAGUUAUUGUCGAGACGAGCCUGAGGUUGUCUACACAGGAAGAACAGCCUGGAGACCUUGGGUUCUUCACCCCCCGCAUUAUAUAUAACUUCAAGUCAUCGAGAAGCUGGGGUUAUGGCAUGUCAGCCGACUUGCUGAUGAUACCGCGUGCAGCGUGCUUCACGCUUGCAGAUUAGACCAUCUGGACGAGAAGCGAGGAAGGCCUGAAUGAACACGCACGUGCGCCGAUCGUGCCUAUGCGAUCAAUCGCCGCUAGAGCCUAGGACAACAUGAAGAGGUGUAAUCUGUUUCUUUUCACCCUUGUAAGUCGUUUUGUCCAUCCAAUACAGUAUACCACCCCAAUCAACAAAGUUCUGAUUGAAGGUACAAUUAUAUAGACUUUCUGCCAUGUCGACUUCCACCAUACCAGAAUCAUUGAAACACUUUCAAUUGGAACGCGUCUUAAAUGAAGAUCCAGUCACUCAUACCAUCGCGCUUCUUGGACAACUUCAGAUGGAGGGCGGUAAACUAUCUUCUGCUAUCAUUCGAAUAGAGAAGACAGCACUUUCUGCAAGCUCUGUUCUUGAUGUGCUCUCAAAUCUGAAAGAUGUUCAGCUUAUUGAACACACUGACAUCUAUAGCUGGCUGUUCGCAUGGCUCAACCAGUCCCAAGAUAGACCAGAAGUCAAAAUCAAUGUAGUUUGCCCAGCCACGGAGGUUCACGUUCGGAAGUAUUCGGCACAACAGACAAUACUGGUACGCGAAACACCAGAAAUCUUUGAACGUAUUGUGAAACCAUACAUUGCUGCCUUCCCUCCUACACGAAUUCAAUGGGUCUAUAACAUUCUCUCGGGAAAAUCAGAAGUGGAUAAGAUUCUCUAUAGAGACACCUCCGAAGAUUACGGAUAUGUCAUCCUCCCUGACAUGAAGUGGGAUCUCAUCACUGUAUCUUCACUUUAUCUCGUUGCCAUCGUCCAAUCGAAGGAUAUACGCUGUCUACGAGACUUGAGGAGACGACAUCUGGGUAUGUUGAGAGGCAUCAGAAGGGAGGCAUCUCGGAUCGCAAAGGAGAAAUGGGGCCUGUCGGAUGGCUCCAUUCGUUUCUUUGUUCACUAUCAACCGUCAUACUAUCAUUUUCACGUUCACAUCGUUAAUGCGAACUAUAUCGGCACUGCCGGAAGCACCGUUGGGCAGGCUCACCUGCUAGACGAUCUUAUUUCCAUGCUUGAGUUAGACCCAGAAGAUGGACCGUCAAUAUUUGAACGUCUCACGCUGACAUAUGGACUGGGUGAUCAACAUGGCUUGUACGAGUCAAUGAGGGCGGCUCAGACAGAAUUGUGGGAGAGUGCAUCGUAACGAAUUUGUGUACGACCGAUGUAUAAUGCUGUCAGUGUAUUCUACGCAAAGCUUUGGUCUAGUUGGAUUCACUAGUGGAAGGUCUUGCCAUACAUGGCAAAGCGCAUCCACAAAAGGAAAGGCGUAACCCUAA